AUGGAACCGGAGCCAACCAUUAGCGCUCUCCUCAAGGCUGUCACAGCCCUCACAGCCACAGUUGGGUCCCUACAGGACCAAAUCCGCAACCAAGGCCAACAGCUCAUUGAGCUCAAAGCCAUAUGCAAGGAGACCGCCGACUUACUUGGCAACAAGGAUCAAGGAGCCCCCCAAGCCCAGCCUGGUCCAUUGACUGGGCCUGUCACCCCUCCUACACACUCAGGAGGGGAAACCCACACUCCAGGAACGGUUAGGCCUGGACUCAAGGCCCCCUUUAGACCAUCCAGAGGGACUGGCUUUGACUUGGAAGAAGAGGAGGAACCCUGGCAAGCUCCCAAAAAAGAGCCUUGCAGCACGCCUAGGAGCCUCAGCUCCCUCACCCCCUUUGACGCAGGGUCCAGCGUGAAAAGGCCCAAGAUGGACCUCCCCAAACCCUAUAAAGGAGAUACCAGGGGACGUAAGGCCACCCAGUGGCUAGAUCAGAUGCUGCUUUGGGUAGCCCUCCAUUGUGAUCAGUUUGACAAGGAGGAACAAAUGGUUGUGUGGAUCCUAUACCACAUGACCAACAAGGCUGCCAAUUGGGCACUCCCCAUUAUUGGGACAAUCAUCAAGGGCAAGGGGAACCCUCCUACCACCAUCCCGGCCUUAACGGCCAAAUUCAAAGAGGCCUUUGCUGAUCCCAACGCCAAGCAGGCUGCUGCCAGGAAAAUUGCGGCGCUCUCCCAAACCACCACAACCUCCAAGUACAUCACGGAAUUCUGCAGUCUCAUGGCGGAAUUGGACUGGAAUGAGGAGACCUACAUUGCGCAGUUCACGCAGGGCCUCCACUGGAAAGUCAAGGAAUUGCUAUCAACCAAGGAUAGCUUUCCCAACAAACUUGAAGCAAUUUUUGCGGCUUCCAUAAAAAUUGACAACAUACACUGCAAAAAUGAGGAGAACCACCCAAAGAAGGCGUCCGCCAAGUCCCCAGCCACUGUGGCCACCACUUCCACCACCACCACUCAACGGGUUUGUUUAUCAGAAGACCCUAACUACGUCACUCCAGAAGAAAGGGACCGCCGUUGCGCAUCAGGGCUAUGCAUGAAAUGUGGCCAGAAGGGCCAUGGGAUCAAGCAAUGCCCCAAUGGUUGGAAGGCAACCCUCAAAGAGGUGGCUAAGGUAGCCAAGGAAUCUGAAUCAGGAAAAGACUGA